AUGGACAUCAGGUGGAACACACAAGGCGAUUUCACAACACAGCAACCUCUUCCGUUGGUGAAGGUCAAGCUUUACGCCGAAAAUACGGGCAUGUUGGCGUUCGAAGACAAAGAACUCGGAAAGGUAGUGAUUCGACCAAGCCCCAAUAGUUCCCGUUCACCCGAAUGGUACAAGAUGACUGUUCCUAAAAACUCACCGGACCAAAACCUACGCAUCAGGAUCGCGGUUCGAAUAGAGAAACCUCAGAACCUUAAAUACUGCGGGUACUGCUAUUCUCUGGGAAAGCUGGCGUGGAAGCACUGGAAGCGAAGAUAUUUUUGUCUCGUACAGGUUUCCCAGUAUACCUUUGCGAUGUGCAGCUACAAGGAACGGAAGGCUGAAACAACCGAGUUUCUUCAGGUCGACGGAUAUACGGUCGACUAUGCGGAACCGGACAACGAUCUUUAUCCUUUGGGAGGGAAAUUUUUUUUCAGUGCCUUAAGAGAAGGAGAAGAGAUCAAGUUCGCGACGGACGACGACAACGAACGUCACAUGUGGGUUCAGGCGUUGUACCGUGCCACCGGCCAGGCGCAUAAACCGAUACCUCCCAAAGAAGGAACCAACGUGCUGAGUCUUCAGACCGAUUCCGAUCGUGCCAAGAAAUUAGGAAUGGACGAGUGUAUACAGGCUGAUCCGGUAAAGUUACCUCAUGAUCAGCUGCUGUCCGAGUUGCAGUCGCUGGCGCUGGAUUUUCGCCUAAAGGAUCCGGUUUGUUCGUUGGGAUGGUUUUCGCCUGGCGAGCUGUUUGUCUUAGACGAGUAUUGCGCCAGGUACAUGGUUCGCGGCUGUCAUCGUAACGUCUGUUUGUUGAACGACCUGUUGAACAUGGCCGAGAGCAACUACAUGAUCGAUCCAACGCUGCUGCACUACAUUUUCGCCUUUUGCGCGUCGCACGUGCAUGGCAACAGGUUCGUAACUGAACAGGCAGUACCUGACGGGGUUGGAACGGUAACGGUCAAAGAGCGCGAAAAAUUCGACCACGUCAAGGUGCGGCUGCGAGCUUUGCUGGAGAAGCAAAUAACGAACUUUUUACGCUGUUUUCCUUUUGACCGCCCGGAUGGUGCCCUGAAGGCGACGCUGUCCCUUCUAGAAAGGGUGCUUAUGAAGGACGUGGCAACGUCGGCGUCUCCUCAGGAAGUUCGCUCGGUUAUCAACAGGUGCCUAGAAAACGCUGCGCUCAUUAACUAUACUCGAGUGUGCAGCGAAGCCAAUCUAGAAGGUAACGGAUGA